CAACACUGUUUGCGACAGUCCCCCACCCCCACAUACAGAUAAAGUUAAGCACAAGUAUUUAAUUUAAUAUGUGAUUUAUAAAUUUAUAUUUGGUCCCAAAAGCAACAUGGAAAUUAUUGAAUAUGUUGCGAUAAAGGUGAAUGGAUAUGACAUUUGUAAUUUGUCGAAUUAUGAAGCGGUUCAAAUGUUCCUUCAAGCUAAAGAGACUCUAGUAGUGGAAUUAUGUCGUCAGCAGCGAAAAGAAAAUAAAAACAAUGAUGGUAGUGAUGAUAGUGCCGGCGAUUCGCCUCAAAACAAGUUAAUUCUUACACUUCGCACAGGAGAUCCACAAACUGUGACUCCGGCGCCAUCAAUAGACAAAGAGACGCAAACUGUGGAUCAGGAUAUAGCUCGCACUAUAGCGGAUCACUUUAUUGAGCAGGAGCAUCACCUGUUCGAACAAUGUCUGGAGCCGGAAAUUGAUAUUGAGGAAAUAACACUCGUCAGGAGAGUUGCCACGGACACCUGUGGGGACACCGAUUCUGGCAGCGCUCAGAAGAUUGGACUAAGUGUUUGCUGCAAUGGUUUCUUCAGCAGCCACAGUGAUGACAGCAGUGACAUUGUUAAGACCACACCGCCGCUCUCACAUUUAGCCACAGCAGCAGCGGCUGGUGAGGAUGCUGUAGCUGAGGAUGCCGCUGACGAUGAAGCGGAAGCCUGUGAAGAUGUAUUCAUUAGUGAUAUUCAACCGGAAAGUAUUGCAGAGCGCGACGGCCGUUUGAGGCGUGGCGAUCAAAUCCUUCGAAUUAACGGCGUGGACAUUAAAAGCAAGGAGGAAGCUGAGGCACAAAUAGCGGAAAGCGAAAAUGGUAGCACGGCCGUAACGCUACUAGUCAGUCGACUGCUCUAUCCCGAAGACGACGAAGAUGAGGAUAUUGAGAGUAACUUUGAAUACGCAAACAGCUUCCUUCCCGAUGAUUACACGAAUGUUGUUGACAAAUUGGAUAAGCUACUGUUGAGUCAAGUGGUGCAACCAUCGAAAGCACAGACAACAAAUGAAAUAAGUGCCGGAACAUGCAAUACCCUUGCUACAAUCUCAACGCCUGUGGUCUCUCAACACAAGACAGAUAGCCAAAACGUCUCAAAGGGACAACAGAAUUCUAACCUUCCAGUUCAGAAAUCAAUGUCGACAUCGUGCUGCCAUUCAAAAACACAAAUCGAUGGAAACCUGAGUCUUAACCAAAGUGUAGGCCAAACUCCAUCUACGGUAAAGACACAGAACCAAAAUCACAAACAAAGUAUUAAAUCAACAGUGCCCAAGAAUCAGAGGUACGAAUAUGAUGAAAGCGAGCAUAUUUACGAAACGAUACCCGAGGAUUCCGAAUCGGAACCAUUGUAUUGCUCACCCUACCAAAGUUCCAACUAUAUGACCGCCUUAGGUUCUUGCUCGUCUGCAGCGACAGGAGCUGAUGCCGAACCCGAAAGUGUAGAAAUGGAGCAGCAAUCGCAACGAGUGGCUCAAUGGCUGGGACUAAAAUCGCAGUCACAGGGAAGCCCGCAUCUCAACUCAAGAGUCCAGCAUUUGCAGACACACACACUAGCUGGCCGUCCAAGCCAAAUAAAACAACACCAGCAACAACGCAUCUCAAACCGUGUUUUCACACUACGCAGCACUCUAACAAAUACAAGUGGCUCUAGCAGCAGUGGAGCGGGCUACAUUGAUAAUGGAAAUAUUAUUCUGGGCGAAGAAAUAGACAAUUCGUCAAGUGCCUAUAACACUGGAGGCUCAAACAAUAGCGCCUCACCUCGCCAAAACUUAUUAAAUGCUGCUGACGCAACAGAUGAUUCAAAAUUGGUCGGUAAACCACAAAUGCAGCCUCAGUCUCUCAUGCUGUCGCCAAAGGAACCUAUUGCAUCGACUCCCGUUAGUAGCAUGCUUAUGUUACCCUUUGGAAGGUCUGGUCGGAUUGGUCUCUGUUCGUCCAGCGAGUGUUCUGCUCAACCCAAGGCAUCAUCGUCAAUUCAGGACGACCUGCAGGUUUUCGGCAGUACUCUGCUUCGAACGGACUUCAAAUUAAUGCGGCUGAAGCAAUCUGAUGAAGCACAGAGCCAAUGCCCCCAAUUCAACGCGCCCAACUUAAGCCGAUAUCACUUUGUUAGUAGCCAAGAGGUUGCAAUUAAGAACCAAAACACAAUGGGGGAGCCAAAACCAAGUUCCAUAAUGAUAGGGGGAGAGAGGGUUAACGAAGAAAUUCCAAUGGUGUGGAAAGUAAAACGACGACCAGACGGGACCCGAUAUAUUGUGAAGCGCCCCGUGCGAAAUCGUGUUCCUUUCGGUCUACGCAAAAAUAAUCGCAACAAUGAAGUCACGACAACUGAGGAUGACACAGUGUCAGAGGUUAAAAUCGGACGAUAUUGGACUAAAGAGGAGCGCAAGCGACACAUAGAACGGGCACGAGAACGGCGGCAUCAUCAACAACAGCAGCAACAGCAGUAAAUGUAGCUGCAGUUACAAUAACAAUUUAGCAAUACAAAAACUAUUUAGCUUUAAAUUGUCCCAAACCUAUAGUAUAUAUUUAAUUUUGUGUUAGAUGAAUAUUUAAAAUUCCGGGUUUCAGAAGCGACUAGAUAAUACUUGAUAAUAAACAAGCUGAUCUAUGCUUGUUAGUCUUUGGGUGCACGUCUCCCAACACAAAAGGCCAAAUAUGUGUAAUUCACAUAAGUGUUGACUUUUCAAAAGUCACAUUUAGCAUUUUUACCAAUAAUCAAAAUAUAUUGUAUGCAUCACCUUCAUGAGUUCCAAAAUGAUGACGUGGCCUCACAAUUUGUGGUUGUUGUAAGAUAUAUUCAUCUAUUAACCUAAUGCGCAAUAUUAUCUUAAAAAUAUAAGAUAUACGUAUACCAGCAGUUUGCAUGUUUCUCUUUGCGGACUGAGGAUGGCAGCUACAUACAUACAUUUCGGAGCACAAACACACAUUUUUAUCGAUAAGAACCACAAAAAAUCAAAUCUUCUAUGAUGUACAUAAUAAAUAUUUCUUUAAAAAUAAA